AUGUCUGCCAAGGACUCUCUGGGCAUCACUUCCCUCGAUCUCGAUCUAGUCACUGAAGAGAUUGACGAGGAAGCUGCCGAAGAAGCUCUCAAGCAAAUCCUGAAUACCCCUUCCGAGCAUUCAUUCGCGAUUGAAGAGAUUCCAGAACUCAACGAUCCUCGCUGGGAUAGCGUGAACGAGAACAAGAACGAAGAUGACGACCUCACACAGCGUGCUUUUGAACAAGCCUUUGAUGAAGCCAAAGAUCCCGUCAAACAUGCGGAAAACAUACAAGAAAUUUUAAGUUUCAUGGGAGAACAAACCAAGGACUCAAAUUUUCCAUGGGAAACGGUAUUCUUUGAUCUACAUGAGCUGGAUGAUUCGACCAAAAGUGAACUACACGCAUUUUCCCGAAGCUGUAAAAUCGAAGGCGACGCCUACCCACAGUUUGAGGACUACGAUGAGCCUAGGUGCAGGAACAGAAAUGCCUGGCGCAGAGAAGACGGUGAGAUUGAUAAGAAGUGGCAGCUCCUUGUCAACGACUUGUGUGAGCUUUCAAAUGGAAUGAUCAUCGAUAAAACUCUCACUAAGCCGAGCGGAAGGUGGGAUGCACCCGUGGCUAUUGUUUGGAACUAUCCAACGUGGACGACUACGAACGUCUGUUGGUCCCAAGUUUUAGAUUGCUGCAAUCCUUGUCUUAGGAUGCAGUACGCAAAGCUAGGGCCGAGCCCCUACAUUCGGACCCAAAACAGAAUUCCGAUCCGAGAACAAUGGUCGAACCUUGGAGUUAACUGGGCCCGGUAUCCAAACUGGGAGGAGAUUGAGGCUAAAUGUCUCCAAUUUUGUCGAUGGCUGAACACCCGAUCCAAGAUCAUCAUUUUACUUGGUAAAGAAAAUGCUCUCACUCCACGGGAUCGCCUUGUUGAGAUGGGAGAUUCACUUGAGUCUGUCCGGGUGAAGAUAUGUUGCAACAAGCAAUUCAAGUUGUAUGGCGAAGAGCCCCAUUUCGAGAUAAUUCGCCAUCGUCAAACGAAAGAGAUAAAACAUCUUGUCUUCAUAGGACUACACACUCAGACAUUUUUUCACGAUAUCCCCCUUGAAUUCCGUGCAUACCAAGAUAUUUCCUGGAACAGCGUUUGCGGGCUGGUCGGUAUUCCAGUACCAAGGCCGAUUUACUUCCUUCGACAUGCCUAUUGGUUCAAUAAAAGACCAGAUCUUCGUAUGAGAUGGAGCCAGCUCUGCCGAGCCAGGAUACUACGACAUGCGGAGAUAAAUCAAGAAAAUCUCUUUCCAGAACACGCAGUCAGAGCGGCAUUCAGUGCAACACUUGCUCUCAAUCCGACCUUUGAGCUAGCCCCAGACAAAAAUGGUAGCUAUGUGGGAGCCAUAAUCCGCAUGUUCAUUGCCAAGGCAUGGGCUAAGCAGUCAACAGAGGAGUGGAGAAGGACCCCGGAAGCUGCUAAGAUGUUUGGCACAUCGAUCUCAAACCUAUUAGAUACAGUUUCUAUCAGCAAACGUCAAGCUACAGUCCGGACAGAGAAGUGGAAGACCUCAGAUGCGGCUAAGCGCCAAUUGGAUGGUUUACUCAGAGGGGCGCGGAGUCCCAAGAAGUUCGGAGCAUGGACUGCCAGACUUGAUGCCUUCUUUCAAACUAAACAGGUCAGAGAGCGGGUCGCAGCUGACCCGCAAACACUGACUACUAUCGGUCUUCAUUCACAGCAGAGGUUAAAGGAUCUACGCUCAGACCCAAAGGCGAGGAUGAUUUCGUAUUUCAAGUCCCACGUGAUCUGGUAUAGCAAAACUUACCCAAAGGGGCUUCGAUUCAGGGGCGAUGGUGGGACUCAACGCGACACUUUUCCAUACGACACAGUUGACCACCCAGCUGUCAUACUCCAUGGGAGCUGGAGCAAAACAAAGAGGAAGGAUUUUGAGGCUUAA